UGACGACCGACCGUGUGAACAACCGCGGACUUCGCUUCCAUAGCAACGGCGUCCUACCAUUAUCUAGCUGUACUACAAUCCAUUCAUACGUGAGUCAACACAAUGUACCCCAAGCCCUGUGUGUAAACUGCCCCACGGAGUUUUGUCGGUAUCAAGAUUUGACAGCAUUAGUUUGGUGCUGUAUUGAAAUCUACUUGUAAAGUCUAUGAAAAGUGUUUGCAACAGGGCAACAGGUGCCUACAGCAACAAGUGAACGCGUUCACAAUUGGACUUUAAUACAACAUCAUAAAUUGCUGAUUUAGAUGUAUAUCAUCAACCGAUUGCCUGUGUGUUUGGCGACCCGUGAUUCGCAGUGUAAGAACAGUGGUUGCCCGUGUCAUUUUCUCAGACGAUUUAUAAAUGAGCCCUAUAGCUGGAUGUCAUCAACUUUAUAAAAUGAAGGUGAAAGUUACAUGGUCCUUGGCUACUACGUGCCGUUUUUGAGUGGAGGCUACGCCGGGAACAUAAACAUUUCGCUGCAAAUUUUGUUACGAGACUGCAUGAAAGUCUACCAGCCUCAUCGGAUUUAACUUCUUGGGAAAGUGACAAUUUCACGGAACAAUAAUAAUCAAGCUGUGGCCUUUAAACAGCAUAAUUAUUUUAAAUGAUUCGUUUGGAAAUCUGCUCGCUGGAACAUUGUGUUCACCAACUAAUGGUCUCGUUAUUCACUGGAAAAGCCAGGCUUUAUUGUCAGUCACACAACUACUGACACAUGGAGACUAAACAACGAGCUUGCAGUAGCUUGUGCUCAUAGAAACACUUCCUGGUUUCAGCGUGAGUAACGGAAACAUCCCCGGGCAACACGAGUGUUAUUCCCGGCGGCACAGUUGCUCCAGACACAAUAGAAUAAACACUAUUAACGAGUAACACUGAGUGAUUCAUGUAGUAAUCAAACGGCAAAGGUUAUAGGCGAAUGUUAUUAAUUGUGUGUUGUGACUUUGUUCGGCGCUGGUGUAUUUCAUGUGUGGACUAUGAACCAUCACUAUACACGAAACUCUAAUGGGCAUUAUAGUGAGAUAAAUGCAAUCAUUCGAGAACAAAAAUAUGCAUAAUUCAAAUAGGCGGUCUGUGAAUUAUUAAAUUAUCCACAAUCACUGUUGAUAACACAUGUAGAUUUCUGAACGAUACGGGCAUCGACGAGUUUGCUUCAAAUUAAAACUGGUUUGUUUUCAGACUAUAAAUUCAAGUUGAAAUUUGAAGUUAUUAACUCAGUCGUAUUGGAUCUGUAAGAAAAAACUGCUGGCCCAGUUUGUACUUCAAUUAACUUUCUAACUAAUUACGCAGAACUAAGCUGAAAAUGGCUACUAAUGACUUGAGGCUUUCGGUUCCACUCUGUCUGCCGAAACAUCCCCAGCCCUUCGCGGUCAUCAGUGAGCACUGGCAGGACAAGCUCCAACUCAGCUCACCACGUUCAGACAAUACUGACUCUCCGGAAGAUGAUAUUUACAGCUUCGGUCAGGUCUACGAGGAGAGCCUUUACAAACUCAUUCACAAACAUCUUGAGCUGGACACCGACAAUCGCCUGGCAUACGUUGGUGCCAAUAAAGGCAGCCUUGCAGAGAAAAUCAGGGAGAAGUUUUGUCUUUUGCAGCCGAUGGUCAACAUUUUCCCGGGGCUUAUUCAUUACCAGCAGACACCCAAUCAGAGGAUGCUACCCUUCAAAGUAUGUCAUGUCGGAGCGGAAGAGUACUUCCGUCAACUUGCAGACGAUCUGAUCAAGGACCACAAGGAAGCGCCUUUUGAUAAAAUCAUCUUGAAGGACUCCGUGGAGCACUUCACCAACCUCGCCGAGACCUUCUCGCACAUUAUGAGAACAUUGAGUGAGACUGGCAAGAUGUUGAUUAUUCACCGACCAGGACCCAUGAGCACCUUGCCGGUCUUCAGUGAAGCCACACGGCGUUUUGCCGAGGAGGACUCGACAGACGAACCGUACAUCAAGAUAAUCCGGAGCCUUCAGGAUGCCAAAGUGGACGCCAAAUGGGAGGUGGAGACCGUACCCAUUAUCAUGCCAAAGGUUAAAUGGCUAGCAAUGCUCCAGGAGCGGUUCCCGCCUCAGAUGGAGAUCAUAAGUAACUAUCAAGUUCAGACUGGUCUCCGGGAACUCACAGAAGGGAUGUUCAAAUACCAAGGGGAGCAAGUUGAGUUCUUCGACCGACUGCUAUUGAUUACGGCAUCGCAUAGAAUGAAGAACAGUGAGUAUCCGAGUAUUCAGCGACAUGGAGCAGCCGCCGGGAAACCUUACCCGGGUCUAAUGGACAUGAAGUACACGUUAAAAGUCACUCCAGAUAUUUAUGGUCACGUGAACAAACGAGUGGAAGAAGAGGACAAGAGAAACAAAAUAUUAUUUUAGAAAGAAACAACGCGGGACUCAUUUUGCUUUAAAUGUAGUGAUGAAGUAGGCAAUGCAAUAGUCAAGUGAAACUAAUUGAAUUCCAAAAUCUGUGUUGUUUUUUAUUUUGAUAUUAUCGUUUUCGCGCGUUUUUGU